AUGUGGUUGAGGGUUACAAUAGGCUUCGUCCCGCAGAUUGCAGACCAAGAUGUAGCUAUCGUUGCUCAGCAACAUCACAUAAGAAGCCAUGCAUGUUCUUCUGCCAGAAAUGCUGCUCCAAAUGCUUGUGCGUUCCUCCGGGCACUUACGGCAACAAACAAACAUGCCCUUGCUACAACAACUGGAAGACCAAGGAAGGCGGUCCUAAAUGCCCUUAAUCAACCUCCCUAAUUACUAUAUAUAUAUAUAUAUAUUUGUGCUGCUUUAUUCUUCAAUUAUUAUGUGAUUUUAUUAUUGGCUAUUUUAGUCUCUACCGAGGGCUGCACUUUUUGUAAUAGUGCUUUUUUUUUUAAGCGAUAAAAUCGAC